UCUUCUUCAUAUACACAGUCAUCAACCCACAAGAGAAUAUGCUUAAUAUUCUUCUCUUUGUGCUCUUCUUUGCUCCAUAUCUGUAAUAUAACCCAACCGAUCGAGCUUUCUCUGGUCUUCUUUCAAGUUCAAAAGCUCUCAAUCAAUACCAUGGGGAAUUGUCUAAUUACUUCCCUUUCUGCUGCUAGGGACCCCAUUGAAACAAUAUUCAAGCUUCCCUCUCCACUACCAUCUUGGCCACGAGGGGACGGAUUUGCAACUGGAAUCAUAAGUCUAGGAGGGGUAGAGGUUUGCCUGGUCUCUACUUUCACCAAGGUUUGGGCUGUCCAUGAAGGGGGCCCAGGGAACCUUGGAGCCACCUUCUUCGAACCUUCGCCAAUACCUGCAGGGUUCUUCAUGCUCGGAUGCUACAGCCAACCCAAUAACGUGCCUCUUUUCGGGUGGGCCUUGGCUGGAAAAGAUGACGGAGGGGACCCCUCAACAGAAGCUCUCCAGACACCUUUGGAUUACACUCUUGUCUGGAACAGUGAAUCCCUGCAAAUUAAGAAAGAUGGCAAUGGCUACAUUUGGUUACCCACCCCGCCGGAUGGCUACAAAGCUGUUGGUUACGUCGUCACAACCUCGCCGGAGAAGCCACCCCUAGACAAAGUGCGGUGUGUUCGUUCUGACCUCACCGAUCAAUGCGAACGUGAGACGUGGAUAUGGGGAUCAAAUGGGUUGAACGUCUAUAGUUUGAGACCCACCCUUAGAGGAGCCCAGGCUCCUGGUGUUUGUGUGGGGACGUUUGUAGCAGAAGCGCAGGGUGCGGCUUCUCCUUCAUCGUUAGCUUGUUUGAAGAACAACAAAUCUAGUUUAUCUUCCAUGCCUAAUCUAAACCAGAUUGAGGCAUUACUACAAGCUUACUCCCCAUGGAUUUACUUCCAUCCUGAUGAAUCAUACCUCCCCUCCUCUGUGACUUGGUUCUUCAACAAUGGAGCUCUACUUUACAAGAAGGGCGACGAAUCCAAUCCUGUGCCGAUCGAUCCAACUGGGUCCAAUCUUCCCCUAGGCGGUUCAAAUGAUGGGUCUUACUGGUUGGAUCUCCCCAUCAAUGAGACGGACAAAGGGAAGGUGAAGAAAGGUGAAUUACAAAGCUCACAGGCCUACAUACACGUAAAACCAAUGUUAGGCGCUACGUUCACAGACGUAGGUAUCUGGGUAUUCUACCCAUUCAACGGGCCGGCAAGAGCCAAGAUAGAGUUCAUAAAUGUUUCACUGGGAAAAAUCGGCGAACAUGUUGGAGACUGGGAGCAUUUGACACUGAGAAUCAGCAAUUUCACCGGGGAGCUCUGGAGGGUUUACUUCUCGCAGCACAGUAAGGGGACAUGGAUGAACGCCUCAGAGCUCGAGUUCCAAGGUGGGAACAAGUUGGUCGCCUAUUCUUCCUUGCAUGGCCAUGCAUUCUAUCCGAAACCAGGACUGGUUCUGCAGGGAAGCAACGGGGUGGGAAUAAGGAACGACACCGCCAAGAGUAAGGCUCUGAUGGACACAGGAGUGAAGCCUGUGAUUGUCUCGGCCGAGCACUUGGGCACAGUCGUCGAACCUCCAUGGCUGAACUAUGCCAGAGAAUGGGGUCCAAAGAUUAGUUAUGAUACCGCGGCGGAGAUAAAGAAAGUGGAGAAGCUGCUUCCCGGAAAGCUUAAGGCUGCAUUUAAGAAUCUUGUGAAAAGCCUUCCGAGUGAAGUGUUGGGAGAAGAAGGGCCUACCGGCCCCAAGAUGAAGAACAAUUGGAGCGGGGACGAAGCCUGAAACUUUGGUUUUCGUCAUUUCAUGGUUUGUUAAUUUUGGUGGGUGACGACGUAGUUGUAAUAUUAUUGUAUUGUUUCAUUUAAUGCAACAAAAUGGGUUUAAGUCAA